AUGUUGCGUUCUAGUCUUUGCUUCAAGCCUUUUGUUGCCCAUCGAGGCUAUAGUACAGUCACAAAGGCACUUAAUUUGUCAUUCGAUAAACAUUCAAUAAAGUCCUCAGAAGAAUCACCCCUUCUAAUUUGUCAUGGCUUAUUCGGCUCCAAACAAAAUUGGAGUUCACUUGCCAAAGCCAUAAGCGCCCGUCUAAACCGAGACGUGUAUACUCUUGACCUUCGUAACCAUGGUGACAGUCCUCACUCUGAAGAGCACACGUAUGAAGCAAUGACUUCAGACUUGGUCAACUUUGUUUCGCAACACAAUCUAAAGAAUCCUAUCUUGCUCGGACAUUCUAUGGGCGGAAAAGCUGUCAUGGCAACAGCCUUGCAACAUCCUGACCUGGCUUCCAAAUUAGUAGUAGUUGACAUGCCACCUCUUGCAUUAACACUCUCACGUAGUUUCGCGACCUAUGUUGAUGCCAUGAGAGAGAUUGAAGCUUCCAAACCAUCUAAGCAAAGCGAUGCAGACAAGAUUCUAGCUAAAUAUGAAUCCAAUAUAGGCGUGCGCAUGUUUCUCUUGACUAAUUUGAAGCGCACUCAAGAUAAUUCACUCCGUUUCCGUGUACCCUAUGAUAUUUUGGGACGUUCUUUGAGCUCCAUUGGGGCUUUUAAUAUUCCUGACCAUCUUUCGUACGAUAAGCCUACUUUGUUUAUUGCUGGAGGAAAGAGUCCUUAUCGCCCUCCUUUUGAUAAACACUCUGAAAAGAUAACAAAUAUGUUUCCUAACUCUCAAUUAGAAGUUGUCGAAGGUGCUGGGCAUUGGGUUCAUGCUGAAAAACCAGAUACUGUAUUAGGUUUAAUUACUUCUUUUAUAAACAAGUAA